GCGACUUUUGACUGUAAGGUGCUGUCCAGGAACCACGCACUUGUCUGGUUUGAUCACAAGACAGGCAAGUUCUACCUUCAAGACACUAAAAGUAGUAAUGGUACCUUUAUUAAUAGCCAGAGACUGAGUAGAGGGUCUGAGGAGAGCCCACCAUGUGAGAUAAUGUCAGGUGACAUCAUCCAGUUUGGUGUAGAUGUGACGGAGAACACACGGAAAGUUACUCAUGGAUGUAUAGUCUCCACAAUCAAACUGUUUCUUCCAGAUGGAAUGGAAGCUCGAUUGCGAUCUGAUGUUAUCCAUGCUCCAUUACCAAGUCCUGUUGAUAAGGUUGCUGCUAACACGCCCAGUAUGUAUUCUCAGGAAUUGUUUCAGCUUUCACAGUAUCUACAGGAAGCCUUACAUCGGGAACAAAUGUUGGAACAGAAGCUGGCAACCCUUCAGCGACUACUUGCUGUUACACAAGAGGCUUCAGAUACUAGUUGGCAGGCUUUAAUAGAUGAAGACAGGCUGCUAUCAAGGUUAGAGGUUAUGGGAAAUCAGUUACAAGCAUGUUCAAAGAAUCAAACAGAAAGAGCUUAUAGCAUUACAAGAAGAUAAACACAACUAUGAGACAACAGCCAAAGAGUCCCUGAGGCGGGUCCUACAGGAGAAAAUAGAAGUGGUCAGAAAGCUGUCUGAAGUGGAGCGGAGUUUAAGUAAUACAGAAGAUGAAUGUACUCACCUGAAAGAAAUGAAUGAGCGGACUCAGGAAGAAUUAAGAGAAUUAGCCAAUAAGUACAAUGGAGCUGUAAAUGAAAUUAAAGAUCUUUCUGACAAGCUAAAGGUGGCAGAAGGAAAACAAGAAGAAAUCCAACAGAAAGGACUGGCAGAGAAAAAGGAAUUGCAGCAUAAGAUAGAUGAAAUGGAAGAAAGAGAACAAGAGCUUCAAGCAAAAAUAGAAGCUUUGCAGGCUGAUAAUGACUUCACCAAUGAGCGGCUAACUGCUUUACAAGUACGGUUAGAACAUCUUCAAGAGAAAACUCUUAAAGAACACAACAGCUUAGGCAUACAAGUUGAUGACUUCAUACCUAAAAUUAAUGGGAGCACAGAAAAAGAGCACUUUCUUUCAAAGAGUGGAGGGGACUGCACUUUUAUUCAUCAGUUCAUAGAAUGUCAGAACAAGAUCAUAGAUGAAGGACAUCUAACCAAAGUGGAAGAAACAAAGCUUUUGAAAGAGAACCAAGCAAGAGUGAAAGAGUCAGAUUUGUCAGACACUCUUAGUCCGAGCAAGGAAAAAAGCAGCGACGACACUACGGAUGCCCAAAUGGAUGACCAAGAUCUAAAUGAACCUAUUGCUAAGGUAGCACUUCUGAAAGAUGAACUGCAGGGUGCACAAUCAGAGACUGAGGCUAAGCAAGAAAUUCAGCAACUGCACAAGGAGCUGAUUGAAGCCCAAGAGCUAGCUAGAACAAGUAAACAAAAAUGCUUUGAACUUCAAGCACUAUUGGAAGAAGAGAGAAGAGCUUAUAGAGUGCAAGUUGAAGAAUCUAACAAGCAAAUAAAUGUUCUGCAAGCUCAGUUGCAGAGGUUACAGGAAGAUAUUGAGAAUCUUCGUGAGGAGAAGGAGAGUGAAAUUUCUAGCACUCGAAAUGAACUUGUCAGCGCUCAAAAUGAAAUUCUGUCACUUCAACAAGUAGCAGAAAAGGCAGCAUCGGAACGAGAUACAGAUAUUUCUGCUUUGCAAGAAGAACUACAAACUGUGCGAGCAGAACUGGAGCGGUGGCGGAAAGAUGCCUCAGAUUAUGAAAAAGAAAUUGUCAAUCUACAAGCCAGUUUUCAGCUUAGAUGUCAGCAGUGUGAGGAGCAGCAUAAGGAGGAGGCUACUCGUUUGAAAGGUGAACUUGAAAAGUUGAAGGCAGAGUGGAGUGCUCUGGAAGCUGAAUGUGUUACGCUAAGGAAGGAAAAUACUUCGCUUGCAUCUUGCAUUCAGCGACAAGAGAAGGAGCUUUCUAGCUCUCAGAAGCAGAGUUUAGCUCUAACCAGCAAUAUAAGUGUUCUUGAAAUGUCUCGAAAAGAACUUGAAGAUCAGAUGGGAUCUUUGAGAGAAAAACAUCAACAGGACGCAGCUAGUCUAAAAAGCCAGCUCAGUGAAGCUGAGAGUCAAGCAAAGGAUGUUCAGAAAGAGUAUGAAAGAACACAGACAGUGCUCUCAGAACUGAAGGCGAAGUAUGAGAUGGCUGAACAAGAAAAGCAGUCAAUCGCAGAAGAGCUUAAACAGUGUAAAGAAAACUUGAAGCUGCUACAAGAAAAAGGAAACAACCCUUCCAUAUUACAACCCGUCCCAGCCGUAUUCAUCGGCCUAAUCCUGGCUUUCCUGUAUUGGUGUUACGGCCCAUUGUGGUAGCGAAAGAGACAAUGGCCUUGGAUGCCUGUGAUGGCAGCUUUGGUUGCUGUGACAGCCGUGGUGCUGUACCCAGGCCUAACCAGAGCUUCUCCAUGAGAACUGUUGUUGAAUCCAUACACCGUCCUCCCUUUAGAAGCUGGCAACAUUCAUAUACUGAGGGAAAACAGAUUAAUUCUCUUCCUUUUUUUUUUUUUUUCUUUUCUUUUUUUUUUCUUUUUUUUACCUCUCAAUACAGCACAGCUCUGCGUGAGAACAGCAGUAGGGUCAUUUGCUUUAAACUGUAUAAAAUGUAUCUGUCUAUAAAGAGGGAAUAAAAUUGUGAUUCAUCAUACUGUGAGCAAUAUUUUUGCUUACAAUUUCAUGCAAGUUUUAAAUUAGUUUGUUGGGAUUCUGAAUACUACAACGGUGGCCUAAAGUAGACUUCUUUGUACCAAAUCAUUUAUAACGGCUAGGUUUGUGGGCACGUACUUUAGAAUCUGAUUGCCAGAUGUAAAAGGAAAAACACGCUUUGGAUUUGGACACCCAAGCCAAGUAACCUCACAGAAGCUUGGCAGACGGAUGCAGUGCGCUCAGUGCCUUGCAGGAUGAUGUAUUAUAAGACUAGCACGCCAUUUUACUUGCUGUUAGUCACUGAGCUGUUGGGAACAAGACUUAAGAAAACUUCUUACCACGCCUUUUGAAGGAAACAUAUUUUUCUUUGAUAAGGAUUCUUUUAUUAAUGAUUUUUUUUUGGGGGGGUGGGGUGGGGGGAGAAAGCCGCAAUUCAUGUCCAGCCUUAAAAGAGAUAGAUAUUGAUGGUGGCGACCAGCCUAGAGUAUUCAGUGUGCGCGUGUGCGAGUGUAAGCAUGUGUGUGUUCUUGAGUGAACUGAGGCAUUUCUGGGAGCAAAUACUUGGUCAUUUGAUGGACAUAGUGCAGUGAUUCAACUUACAGUAACUUUACUUUGAAUGUAAUUUAUUAAAUUUCAUAUAUUUAAAGAGGUGCGUUCUUUAAAAGUAUGAAUACUUUUUCACAUAUCACAUUGUAUCAAUUUUAUUUUUUCAGUCAUUUGAUACUUUCUGACUGAGCUGGGGAAGCUCUUUAAAUAAGCUUUUAUUGAUGUAACUUUGUUAUGAGAACUGCUACAGUACAUUGUGAUCAGCUGAAAAUAUUCUAAGUUGCAUAAAAUACUACGAAAUUGGAAUCAUCCCUGGUCAUGUAUGGGUCGGUGGAAGAUGGCUUUAAUUUGGUAGUAGAACUUUGUGCAUCUUCAUCACAUGGCUGUAAGUAUGAUGCAGUGGUCCCCAUUACAAAGUUUAUUUUCCUUAUCAAAGUACUAUUAACUAUUGCUAUUUGCUGACUUUUGGUGGGAAUCACUGUAGAUACUGCUGAAUUAAACGUAGGCUGUAGUUAUUCUGUCCAGCUCAACAGUUCUGUCAAAAAAGUUUAUUGAAGACUUAAACGAUAUACUGAAGAACGGUGAAGUAAAAUGGCUUUGCUAAGGGAAACUUCAAAACAGGGAGGUAAUCUCAGCAAUGAAAUUGGCUUUAAACAAUUGUAUGGCAAUCGACAGGUAGUUUAAAUAUUUAAAUAGAAAUUUAGUAUAUAACUUACCUUGUAAGGUUUUGAGGGUCAUUGUCCUUUAAUUAAAGGUUCUGUCUUAAGUUACAUGGGAUUUUCUAUGGGGAGGAUUAUUAGUUACGGCAAAAAUAGUCCAUGAGUGACUUGUAGAAAACAUCGUCAUUUAGUUCAUUCAUUUCAUCACUUUCAGUUGCAGGAAGCCACCCAACCACAGAACACUCGUAUGCCAGUGGUACUCAGUACCUCUUGUAUAUAGGUUAUUGCAAAUAUUGUUCUGAAAUGCUUACCUUCAGAAUUACAUUUUUUAAAGUAAAUAAUUGUUUUAAAUCUAUUUUGUAAAGAUAUAAAAAUACAAUAGAAUUUCUGGAGUACAGAUUAAACUAUUUGCACUAACACACGUGAUGUGCAUGAUUUAAUAAAAUAACUUUACUCUCCCUAUGCAUGUUUGAGUUGGAUCUCAUUUGAAAAACAGUAGACUCAUGCUAAGUUUCUUUCGUGCUAGAUACUGCCACAAUUACUAGGCACGGUGUCUGCAGCAUGUUCAGUAAUACCAAAAGAAUUACUAUUUAUUUUCUUUUUACGUUGUGUUUCACAUUUUCACUGGUUUAGGUUUUGGUCUAACUGAUCUCUCUCCUCUCUGUGGCUUUUGGAAAGAAAGGGGGGAGGAGAGGGCCUUGAAGAACUUGGGAACAUGACUGCUGGGGAGAACAUAAUAGUGAUUACAGCUGAAAGCUGGAUUGUGCCUGAGGCCGAGGUCAUGAGCCUGGAGGAGCAGUGGAUAUGGAAAGCCCUUCUGGGGGAAGGGAGCCUGCUGCUGCCUUCUCAGGUUUUAGUACCCCAGCUCCCCGUGUGUCCCUCCUGCAGCCACUGUUCCUUUUGCAGUUGACCCUCUUCCCUCCUCCCUGCUGGUAGCACGUAGACAUGGUGUGAGGAGGUGGAGCAGAGGCCAGCAGUGCAGCCUGCCGAGCAGCGGGCCCUGGGGCUGGCGAUGGGAAGGGGUGAGCUCCAUGGGACCAACCCUGGGGAGCACACAGCCACUGGGUGCCCCACGCUGAGCUGCACUGCCUGGGACAUGGGAUUGAGUUUGUAUUAAAGACAAAUGCUGUGUUCUGAGAAAUCGUUAGUAGUGCAUCAGAGAGCUGAAAUUUGAGACCCAACGUGGAUGUAUUAAAGGAGAAAGAUUUAAUUAUGUGCAUGUGUGCAUAUUUAUAUUGCAUACACAGAUGCAUAAUACACAUUGCAUGGCGUUCAUGCUUACGAGUACUCCUGUGUUUCCCUAAUACUGUGCCUUUCCCAGGAGUUAUUGACAUUUGCAUGUUCAAAGUUAUCAGGAAUCAACUAAAAUACACUGUUCACUCUUUUUGGGAAUCCCUGGAUGAUGGCUGGAGAAAGGAACGUUCCCAUUUCUCCAGUGCUUUGACACCGAAGUUCUAUGGACACUCUAUUCACAAACAUCUCUUCUCAGCUGUUUUUCCUUGUGUUUAUGGUAAAUAUCUGUGCUCUUCAACAUUCAGAUGUAGGUUUUCUUUUUAAAUUGUGAGGCUGGAUGACCUAAGCCUUGCAGGUACAUCAAGAACAGCUUUUCAUAAAGCAUUUAAGAUGCUCUGAAUGUUCUUGUAAAAUAAGUGCUCUCAACUUGCACUCAACCUUCAACUUUUAAAAGCUUUUUGUAGUUAGAAAGUCUGAGAGUUGUUGGUUACUGGCUGAAUUUGGCAGAUUUAAUGUAAUAUCUGAACGCUUCUUCUGAAGCCAUGGCUGAGGCACUUAAUUUUUUUUCCCUUUGAUUUUCUUUCAAUAGAAAUUGUACCAACUUUUGGGGACUUCUGCAGCAGCAAGCCUCCCAUUUAUAGCAUAAAGAAUGCAGCGUAACCUUGCUGUUCCUUGCAGCUGAGCUAACCGUAUUUCCCCAAAACCUUGGCCUGACUUUUCUUCCAGUCUCUGGAUCUUUUGGUGCUAAAUAGAACCUGCACAAUACAUUGCAAAGUUCUCUUACAAAGCAGUCUUACUGAGAUUUAGUAUCAAAUGGCUGAGGCAAAAAGGCAUCAUCUGUGCGUGCUUUUUUUGGAGUAUAUUCUUAAGUUUUGAGGACUUUUAAUCGAGUCUUCCAGUGUAGAUUACCCAUUCACAUUUUCAGUGUGCUUUACGUAACAUUUUGAAUGUUCUCCUGCCUUAAUCUCUGUGAUUCUGCCACUUGCAAGAGUCAUUUCUUCAGCCUGAAUCUUCUUCUGACAAACAUGCUGCAGCUGCGUGCUGGGGCUGGCCAGAUCCCACUGCAGCCUUUAUUCCCUCUGGGCUUUCAUGUACCACAGCACAUGUCUUCAUUAAUACAGUGAUAGGAUGUAGGAAGGAAUUAGAAGCCAUAUCCCUCCCUCUCCAUGUUCCUCUUCUUUAUGCCUCUGGAUCUGUUUGAAAGGUGAUUGUUUCCAGCAAACAACUGCACCAAAUUCCUCAAUCCAGCUGUUUUACUUCUCCCAUUGUGUGUGUGCUUAUGGACGCACAGCUCCUUCCUUCCUCCCAUGGCAGGAAUGGGGCUGUGGUGUUUCUGCUUUUCCAGCCUUCCUGCCUUUUUCCUUUGUGCCAAAUACAGGUCAGUGAGCAAAUGUUUGCCCACAGAGCCAAGAUCUUCUGCUUGGAGAGGGCUGCACCCACUGCUGCUUUAACAAACAGGUGCUGGCAUCAUUUGGCCUAAAAUAUGGGAGCAAAUCAGCAGCUGAAACAAAAGCUGCAGCGGUGGUGGCUCCCUGAGGCUCUGACUUAAAUUCAGUUGCAGAGGUGGAAAGAACACUGAUCUGGGUAUCACAGUCAUGAAAGUCACUGGUUGGUUUUAAUAUCAGAAAAGCGUAGCGUCAAAUGACAGCAUGUAUUUUAGAAGGAAGGAAAGCUUGAUUUAAGAGCUGCAGGAAGAGAACUGUUAGAGAACAUCUAGGUACGUUACUGAGCAGUUACUGGGCUCUUGUUUCAAGAAUAACAAUAGCAAUUUGCUGUUUGAAUCCAUCUAGUCUUGGCUGCACACCAUUAGGCUGCAGUGCAUCUCUUGGGAAGGAUGUCCUGCUACUGCAGGAGUUGCCCCGAUCCAGGGAUUCCACACACUGGGAUCAAAGUACCUUCUUAAUCCUAUUUCAUAGGAAUUGACUGAGCUGCUCACGUUGUUCUUCCAUCCCUCUCACUUUUGCUGACCGCCUUUAAUUUUUUUCUAAUGUUGUGAACAUUCUUUUUUGGGGGUGGAUGUCAGAACAGAACGUGCUCCUACAGCCGUGACCUUACUGACACUGCAUAAACAAGAAGUUCUGUAUCCCGCUUUGAUGGUCCUGUUUGGCCAUCCCACACAUCCUCGGGAUCUUUCUGCUAUUGAUGGACUUCUAGCAUUUGGACUUUAAUCUUGUGAUUUAAAUCUGCAUUCCUCACAUUGGUGUGGCCCUGUGGUAUCUAACUUGGGAGUAUUGCUCAGCAGUAAUGGCUGCAGAUGGGCAGUACAGGGCAGGAGCCCCAUCCCAUCACUGCUUACCCCUGCACCCAUCUGGGGCUGUUGGCUUUUUUCAGCCCUUAGAUUUGAACAGCACUGACUGCUGAAGAUUAUCUACAUUAUUGAUCAAAAACUGUUGAAUUUUAACCAACCAGAGCCAGAACCCUGCAGCACAGAGGGGAAAACACUUGUAGGAUGAUUGCAUUGCUUGUUUUGGGGUAUUUUUAGGGUCAGCUGUUUUGUAGUCUGGAUUAUUAGCUGAUCUGGAGUACUAGAUCAUUUAGAUUAGACUGUGAGAUGACGUUCAGAAGUCGUGGUUCAGGAACACCAACACACUUCUCGAGAAGCUGCUUUUUACCCAGUACUGACACUUCUCUCUUCUAAUUCCAAAUCAGGUCCAAAUUUUUCAGCCCAGUGUUGUUUCCAGUGCUGGAAGUGAAAUAUUUCUGCUGCACAGGUGUGUGUGUGUAACUGCUGAUGUGUGCUGGGUAGGUGAUGGUCACUUGUAACCUUGAGAAGGAAGGGUAGCACUGAGAUGGAAUCACUUGGCUCUUAUUUCUUUCAGUGCCCUCAGAUGGGGAUUGCAUCCUUUAGGAUUACCACACACGUACCACGGGUGUUGCAAUGAGAGCUUUGGUAUGGGAUGGAGUUGUUUAAAUCUUUUUGCGCUACAUCAUUAAGUUUGUAUUCUGUUUGUAUUUCUUGUUAGGAGUUUUCACUCUGGAAAAUACUUUUGGAUAUGUCAUCAGUUUGGAUGUGACACAAAUACUUGUCUUGAAGGAUAUAACGGCUCUUAUUUUAAAAUGUUCCAAAUAUGCAAUAUGUCUUUUGGGAUGAAUAAAUGGUUUUAAAAAUAAAUAAAUAGACGAGAAUAAA